GUGAUCGCUGGCAAUAACCAGUAUCCUAAUCAUCACCUACAUUGGUAUAUAUCUAUCAAAUUUUAAGCGUAGAACGUGCAUAAUAAUCGCAUAUUAAGUAACAGAUGCGUUAGAACGGCUGUCCUAUUUAAUACCUUUAUCUAUAGUUAUCAAUAAGUAGGUACUAGCUUACAUAGUUCUGAUAUGCGUGUCUCCUUCGUGUUUGUUAUCAGGCUGUUUGCCUGGCUCGUGGUGACAUCAAAUGACCUCGCUCGACCGCCUAGUUGCCGCUUAUCAUUAUCAGUAUGAAUAAAAUGAGAGACAUUCCGUGUUGAAAUCAUUAGAUACUGUCGCGGUUCCACGCACGAACUACGCGUCUAUACGGUUUCCGAAAUUAUUAAAGUUUAUCAUUGUUCUGUGUUAAUCCAAAAAUUGUUAUAAUAGUUGUUUCCAGUAUAAUAUUUGUGUUAUUAAACCAUAAUUGUGAUUUUUCUCUUUAUCCUGCAUCCAAGAGGAGGAAUGCAAAGUGACUGUCGAGACUGUCUGGGAAUUCGUUUUCGAAUUAACAGCCUGCACCAGACCUGGAAGUGGUUGCAUCAAACAAUCGCCCUCCACGAAUACCUCAUCUCCCUCUCGGCGGCUGACACAGAUGCCCAUUGUUCUAAGUUCUUGUUGAAGCACUAG